UAAAAUGUGAAUCAGAUGGCAACUCUUCCAAAGUUUGUUUGCAUAAAAAUUUAAUAGUUUAGCUUAUCGCUAAAAUUUUGAACAGUUGGCGCGUUUAGCUGUAAUUACUCACGUGCACUCACACCUAUAUUCAGAGUUACAGAGCUCACAAACCGGUCGUAUAUUAUUAAAAUUGAUCGUACCAAUCAGUGUUACUGAAGCCAGCUUGCGCGCAUCAAUUGCUCAAUUGCGGACACUUCAAUUGCCCAAAGUGUACAUUUUGCAGAUUGUGAAAAGUGUACAAAAAUUUUGUUUGCUUUUGUAAGCAACGCAAAGUAAACAACGUCGUCCAGAUACUACGCGUCUUGGCACGUACACACGAAAUCGACACCAUGUCGAAUGGCAGUAAUGAACGUGCUGAGAAUUAUUUACAGAACCUUUUAACAAAUGGCAGCAAAGAAGGCGAUAGCGGAGCAAAAUUGGACCUGCCGCCAUGGUAUGAUGAGCAGCUAUUCAAGCGGGGCCAGGGGUACUUUAGGAAAUAUCGCUUUGUGAUGACCUCGGGCAUGUUGGCUGGAUUAAUUGCGGUUCUUGCCAUUCCAUCGAUACUCCGUGUGCUAAUCUGCACGCGACAAUCAUCGAAUACCCUUAGUGCCUAUCGCCGUUAUUUACGCACUAUUUUCCAUGUGCACGCCUGGUAUUUCCACUCGAUUGAUGAUAGGUCCAGCAAACUGUGGACGAGCAUUGCGGCUGUGAGGCAGGCACAUUCUCGCUCAAGCAAGGCUUGCCAGCGACGAAGUUGCGGUCAGAUAACACAAAAGGAUUUGGCCUUGACACAAUUUGGAUUCAUUGGCUUUAUAACGCUGGGUGCGCAUCGUAUAUCACUUGAAGAUGACGAUUUUCUUGAGGCCACAUCGCAUAUGUGGCGUGUGCUGGGUUAUUUGCUGGGAAUUAAGGAUUGUUACAAUAUUUGUGGAAACAGCUGGGAAGAAUCCAGGGAGCGUUUAAAUAUUGUUAUGCAUAAAGUAUAUAGGCCGGCGCUAGAGCACACUAGUGAGGAAUUUCAUCAAAUGACCGAAGCACUAGUUCAUGGGCUUUGGCAUGCAAAUCCUAUGCUUUCGGUCGGAGCAAAUAUUUACUUGACCAAGCGUCUGGCGUACGUUAAGGGUUAUGAGUACUACAGCUUUGAUUAUCCUGCAGGCGAGCAGCCUGAUCCGCAGCAAAAGUCAUACUAUUAUGAUCUUAAUUGGUGGGAUCGUUUUAUAGUUAGUUAUGGUCUGUUUAUUGUUACUUACUUGCACAAGUACCAAAUUGUGCGCUGGUAUUUUAAUUUCCGAGUUUGGGUAUUGGAUCUCUUUAUGUACUACUUGCCAACCAUAGCCAUUUGGAAAUUUGGAUUUAAAUCAGCCUAUGUGAGCAUCUUUCGGCCAGGAGGUGCUGCACAUGAGCUGCAAUUAAAUUUGAAGGAAGAGUAGUUCCGCGUAAAAUGUAAUCUGUUAAGUGAUCUUUGUGAUGGGUUUAGAACUUUUUAUUUAUUAUGCUUGUAUGUGUUAAAAUGUGUUUAGUUACAAAUUUAAAUAGCGAUAAGA